ACUUGAGUCAAUGAACACUGUGAACGGUAUCCUUAAAAUGUGUCCAGUAUUACUAUGACAGCAGAACGAGAGUGGUGAUACUGCCCUACACAUUGCGGCAAGAUAUGGGCGUGCUGGUAUAGUUAUAGCUCUCAUCCAAGCUGCAAAAACUUAUUAUCCAGGCAACCUCGAGCAAGGCUGUGCGAUUGCAUCAGAAGAUGCCCUCUCGUAGGAGCAAAAGCUCAUCAGGAAAACCAACAAGAAGAAUGACACAGCACUACACAAAGUUGUUCGCGCUUCACCACACCAAAGUAAUUAAAGCGGACAACUUCGUGCAGUGUUGUGUCCUUCUUGUUGUUGGUUUUCCUGAUGAGCUUUUGCUCCUGCGAAGGGGCAUCUUCUGAUGUGAUCGCACAGCCUUGAUCAAGGUUGCCUGGAUAAUAAGUUUUUGUAGCUUGGAUGAGAGCUAUAACUAUACCAGCACGCCCAUAUCUUGCCGCGAUGUGUAGAGCAGUAUCACCACUCUCGUUCUGCUGCCAUAGUAAUGCUGGACACAUUUUAAGGAUACCCUUUCACAGUGUUCACUUAGAAAACCCUGAGUUUUCCUACUCUGCUGAUGAUGCCGGCGAGACUCCUCUCUACCUAGCUGUCGAGAGGGGAUACGAUCAUUAUUGUCUUCAAAUACUUGAAGGUUGCAAAAAUCCAACAUAUGAAGGCCCAAAUGGUAGGAUGGCUUUGCACGCUGCAGUUAUCCGCAAUGAUGAAGCUGUUGCCGGCGUGCAUUUGUCACACAAAACUGCCGGGAACCUUUCAGCCAUAUUCGAUGUUGGAGGAGUCUUUGGUGGAAUUUUAGCAGGAUUGAUAUCUGAUAUGCUCGAAGCUAGAGCUGUAACCUCAAUCGCGUUUUUGUUACUUUCGGUUCCAGCCCUUGUUCUCUACCGGUUUUAUGGAAGCCUAUCGAUGGUCGCCAACAUUGUUUUGAUGUUUCUUUCGGGAUUGCUGGUGAAUGGGCCGUACUCACUCAUCACAACAGCCGCUGCUGCUGAUCUUGGUACGCAGACCACGAUCAAAGGAAAUUCCCAAGCAUUAGCCACUGUAACUGCAAUCAUAGACGGAAUAGGUUCUGUUGCAGCUCUUGGCCCGCUUUUGGCCGGGUAUAUCUCCACGACGGGGUGGAACAACGUGUUUGUUAUACUGAUUCUUGCUAUUUUCUGUGCAAUUUGUUUUUGAUUCGGAUUGCGAGAACCGAGAUUAAAGGGAAAUUGAAUGAGGGAAAAUGGUCUUUAUAUAGCCGCAUAGGAGGCACACAGUGAUUGAGAUUUUCUAAUUUCUUGUCAUACCACAAAAGCAAGUAGAAUUUAGGCAGAUCCAUUUCUCUGUACGGUUUUUUAUCUCAUUGUUUUGUUCAACAUUCAUUAUUCAAAAUUCAACUUAUUUUUAAAAUAGAAAUUUGGUUA